ACUAAUUAGGUGCUAUAUAAGGGUGCUAUUUUCACUAUUCUUAAUUAAAAUAUAAGAUGAAUAUAAAGUUUAUCAAUAUUAUAUUAAAAAAAAUUUAAUCAAUUUAAUUAAAAAUGUGUUGCUCGUGUUACUGUUCAUGGUCAUGAUUCUGGAAAAGUCAAAAUUUUCAGACUUGAUUUGAGACCAAAUCCUAUAUUGUUGAGACCAACUUCCCCUAAAUUGGAUUGUUGGAGAGCCUAAGUCUCAUCUUGGUUUCAAAUAUGGGAUAGAACCCCCAUGUUAGAAUUGCCCUAAGGGGCAUGCGGCAUACUAGAAGUGACCGGAAGGAGCUUUAUUUUUCAAUCGGCAAUUACGGAUCACAGAUCUGCUAUUCUGUUAUAACAUUGGUUGUGAUGAUCUGACAAAUAUGGUGAGGGAUAGUGCCUUUUAUGAUAUAUUGGAUAUCAAUGUUGACGCCUCUGAUAUUCAGAUAAAAAAGGCUUAUUAUCAGAAGGCAACAGAAGUUCACCCUGAUAAAAAUCAUGGAGAUCCAAAGGCUGCCGAAGAUUUCAUAGCACUUGGUGAAGCUUAUCAGGUCUUAAUUGAUCCUGAGAAGCGUGGAUGGUAUAACAAGCAUGGAAAGCUAUGCAUACCACAGGACUUCUGGUUACACAGUUACUGUGUGUACGGGAUGGUUUAUGGGAGUGAAUGCUUUAAAGAUUACAUUGGCGAAUUUGCUUCGACUACUUUCUUAUCAUGUCUUGAAAUGGAAGAAGAGGCAGAGGAUCCUGAAGUCCGAAAGAAGAGAGCUUGGGAGAAGACACAGAAAUUGCUGGAGGAAAGGCAUGAAAAUCUCACUAAGAUUAUGAUAGAUCGCAUUCAACCAUAUGUUGAUGGUCAUAUAGAUGAGUUUGAAAAAUUAGUAGAUUCAGAAGCCCGGCGCCUAUCAACAGCUGCCUUUGGAGAGUGUCUUCUACAUACACUUGGUAUUGCAUACAUGACUAAAGCUGCAAAUGAACUGAAAGGAAAGGAGGAAUGCGGGAGAACAAAGUGGAUCAAAGUAAAUGGUCCCAAAGGAUUCGAGAUGAGGUCGCAAAUACAUGCAGCCAAAGAGUCUGAACGGACAGUGGGACGACUAGAUCGUACAAACCAAUCUCAACAUGACAAGGAAGAAGAUUUACGGCUACACAUUUUUAGUUAUCUAAACAACUGGAGGAUUGAUAAUGCAUGGAGUACUAAUGUAGUCGAUAUUGAUACAAUUUCGUCAUAUAUUUGCAAAGCAAUACUUAAAGACUCCACUGUAUCUAAAGAUGUUCUGAGGCUUCGGGCAGAAGCAUUGGCUAAGUUGGGAAAAAUCUUCAAAGGUGCGAAUCCUCCUUACCGUAGAGAGUACAAUAUCUGCCUUGAAGAUGGACAGCAGAAUGAAAAUGAGGACUCUGAUUACUCAGAUUAAUUGCUUCAUACCACACCAAGUAGAUCCAUUGUUGAAAGUGGGUUAUUGACGGUUACCGGUUAUCUUUACAGCUUCGAUCGAUCACAAGAUGUCCAUCCGCCGAGUGUUAUUUUUAUUCAUCUUUAUCUUUUAACCCCAUUGAUCAGGUUAUUGAAGCUUUUGUACGAAAAACUGCUGAAUUUUUUUAAGAGUGAAUUAGCAAGUCCCUGAUUUAUUUAGGUGCGGCUAUUGCCACCCUCUUAAUUACUUUCUU